AUGGUUUAUGCACCAUCAGAUCACAAAAAGCUACAUGACUGUAAUAUGGGGUCUUUUUUUGCAAGAACGCUUGGUUCUUGUGUAGGAGUCCAAAACGGCGCACAGUGGAAGAACACGCGCUCACACCUGGACCCUCAUUUCUCCUUCACAUCAGCAAAUUCAGUUAUUGCAACAACUAAGGAUGCUAUCAAGACCUGGGCUGAGACGAUUCCCCAUGAGGCAAAUGCUGGUGUAUCGGGGCCUUUCGAACUUGACGCAAUAGUUGCUUGCCGCCAGCUGCCUUUUCGACUAAUUGCCAUGGCCCUGUACGGUGAAGUCUUUUCAGAGGAGCUAUUUGGGCGGCUAUGGGAUUUAAACACGCUCCACGAGGAGGUGACGUUUGUCACAUUCUUGAGUCCAGCAGCCAAAAACUGGUGGUAUCCCUGGCUACCAACCAAGGCCAAUGCCACCCUGAGGAAGUUCAACAAGCUCUGGAAAGAAUUGAAUCUAGAUGCGGUGUCUCUUGCGAGAAAGCGGGGAAUUUCAAUUCCUUUGGAAGGAAUGUACCAAGCGGUUGAGAAUGGGAAUAUUGAUAUGACUAGUUUUUUGCAAUCUCUUGAUGAAAUCAUCUUCACCAAUAUAGAUAUCACUUCAACCAUUUUUGCCUACUGCCUGAUAAACUUGGCGGGUCAUCCAGAUGAACAAAAUAAUCUGCGAAACGAGAUUUUAUCAAAGGAAAACGACAUCGCUACUCUGGAUCGCUAUCUGAAAGAAGAAAAUACACAGCUUCAUCACGUUUACCUGGAGCUUCUUCGCAAUAACCCUCCUGCUUGUUCUAUACCAGUUUGGAAGACUAAUUUUGAUACAGGGUUUUCCCUUCCUGAGAUGACCGCAAAGGAUAAAUACAUCGGAGGCUACCUUAUUCCAGCUGCCACCCCUGUCAUUAUCGACGUACGCCGAUUGAAUCAAGACUCCCCGAUUUGGGCCCCGGAUGGGAAGGUUUUCGACCAGGCCGUUGGGAUUCUGUCUCGCGAUUGGAUGCACGGUACAGUCUGCAUGGGUAUGGACUAG